AUGAGAAUUGCACUGGUCUCAGACAUGUUCCACCCGGAAAAGGGAGGGGUUGAGACUCACAUUUUGACAAUGGCACUGAAAUACGUAGAGAUGGGACACCAGGUCAUUGUGGUGACGCAUGGUAGAGGAGGAAGCAGAGGAAUAGUCCAUUAUAGAGGAAUUAGAGUGUUUUACCUGAAUAUUCCAAUAAUGUGUAGGAACGUGGCAUGGCCCUGUCUAUUUAUUGGAUUCAAAUUAUAUAGGCAAAUAUUGAUUGACAAUGCCAUAGAAGUGGUACAUGGCCACCAAACACACAGUACAAUGACACUAGAAAUGAUAUAUCACGCUAGAAAGUUAGGAAUAAGGACAUUUUUGACAGAACAUUCAUUAUAUGACAUGGGGAAGUUAGAGCGCAUUCUGGCGGAUACAGUCAUUGGAUUUGUGCUGAAUGGUAUUUCAGGAGUCAUCUGCGUCUCUGAGGCAACAAAACAGAACAUCCAAACCAGAUUCAAAUGCAUCAAAUCUGACAAAUUAAGCGUAAUUCCAAAUGGAGUGGAUACAAACGUAUUCUACAAAAAUGAGAAAUACUCCUGUAAAGAAGGAGAGAGAACGAGAGUGUGCUUCAUGGGUAGAUUGGAGUAUAGAAAGGGCGUAAACAUCCUAAUUGAGGCAUUACCUGAAAUAUGCAAAAAUAAGAAUUUACAGGUUGAGAUUGUUGGAGAUGGACACAUGCGUGAUGACUUGCUCUGUGCCAUAGACCAGCACGAUCUACACAAUCAGGUCACCAUGCAUGGAUGUCUGAAUCAGUCAGAAAUGGCUGAAAUGAUGCGUAACAGUUCCAUUCUUCUGAAUACGUCACUGACUGAGAGCUUCUGCAUGGUCGUAGUUGAAGCACUUGCAUGUGGAAUGGAUGUGGUGACUACGAAUGUGGGUGGAAUAGCAGAAAUGCAAUGGAGAGAUCGUCUAUUCUUCUGUAAGCCCACAGCCUGUGACAUCAGAAUUCAAAUUGAAAAUGCUAUCAAAUCAAGAAAAAUCAACCAAAAUUUGGAUGAAAUCGCCUCUGAAUUCUUAUGGGACAAUAUCGCUCAAACUACGCUUGAACUGUACAGAAACGCAAGACCAAUCGCGUUCUCCAACCACCUGACUCCACUCAUCACCUGGCAAUCACUGAUCUUCCUGAUCAUUUUCCUGAUUGACCAUUUUGUUUGUUAUUUGUUUUAG